AUGGCAACUAAAAAUGAUGAAGCUAUUCAAUAUAAUGGUGAAGAUUUGAAAUCAUUUUAUUUCCCAACUAAAUUUGAUCAUCGAUAAAGUGCUGUUCCUGAAAAUCCCUGUUAUAAUUUUUAGAUCUAGAAUUUUUAUUUUUUUUACUUUAUUGUUGUUACUCAAUUGGGUGAAAUUUUUGUGACUCCAUGUGAUAAUAUUUAUGGUAUAUGGGAUUUAGGAUAUUUAUUGACUACUCCUCUAAAUUAACUAUAUCAAAAUUAUAGAUGGUAUUGAAACUUUAACUUAUUUUAGCUUCUCUGCUUUAAUGUAGAUUUCAUCAGGAUUUAUUUUAGAUUUGCAUUUUUUUAUAUUUCUCGACAUUGGGUUUUGUAUGAAAGAAAUUUUAGAUUGUUUGCAGUUCUUAUUUUAUUCUACGCUAUCAGAACAUUUCACUUAAAUAUAUUCAAAUUAGAAUAUUCACCCAACUAUUACUGGGAAGAUCCUUUGGUAACAAGUUUUGUUGUAAAAUUUGGAAAAUAUUCAGAUUUCUUUUAUUCAGUAUAUAUAUUCAAAUAAUCCUAGGGACAUGACGGCUUUUUAACAAUUUGUGCACUUGAAAUGAGAAAAGUAGGUAAAAAAUAUAUGGCAUUUUUUUCUUAAUAUGUUCAAUCUUCUAAGUCUUCAUCGUGAUUUCAUUUGCAAUUCAUUAUACUAAUGAUGCAAUCUCUAAUAGAAAUUAUAGGUACCAGGAGGAUAUUUUUUCUCAUUACUUUUUCA